AUGGCCUCGGGCGAGCAGGCAGCGCCCUUCCUCCUCGCCGUGGGGGCCGAGCAGCAGGCACGCCGUGGGGGCCGUGGCAGGUUCCCGUCUCUCGUCGCCUGCGCCACCGCCGGCAUGAACGUCGCCUUCAUCGGCGAGAUGGGCCAUGGCCGUGAAUGGGUCCCACGGGAUGGCUUCGUCGGCACACGUUGCUGGAACUACACCAACGUCAUCACCGACAUCUACACUUACAGGUGCCUCAACCCCCAGCCUUGCCAUGUUGAGUUCGAUAUCUUUGGAGCAUGCCAGCUUGGGUGA